AUGUCAACUAGCAAGCCAAGACCUAAACCCUGGGAAGCUAACAGUAUAAGUUUCCCGAAUAAUAGUGCAGGCACUAUUGAGGAUACCAACAGUUUAUCUAUGACUGGAGCUGCAUCCAGUGGGUCUAAAUCUUCCGAAUAUGCAAAUAUUCCGGAUCUUCCAUCUAAACCUGUGGCUUUAAACGAUGAGUCUGGUUUUAAAAAUUCCACAUCACCACAUAUGCUUAAUAACUCGUCGUAUGGGGGGAACAUGUAUGGUUCUGGUGGUAUGUAUGGUAGUUCUAUGUAUGGAGGAGGUUAUGGGUCGAUGUAUGGCGGUGGUUUUGGUUCUAUGUACGGGGGUGGGUAUGGUGGUGGGAUGUAUGGGAAUGGUUAUGGCGGUGGGAUGUAUGGAAUGGGGGGUAAUGUUGGGAACAAUGGUGGUAUUGCCGAAUCUACACAAGCUACAUUUCAUUUGAUUGAAAAUCUGAUUGGUGCGGUUACUGGAUUUGCGCAAAUGCUGGAAGCAACGUAUAUGGCAACGCACAAUUCGUUUCUGACUAUGAUAUCAGUAGCAGAGCAAUUCCAAUAUGCGAAGGAAAUGUUAGGUUCUUUCCUAGGCAUAUUUGCAAUUAUGAAGUUUUUAAAGAGAAUGCUGUAUAGGGUGACAGGUGGUAAGAUGGGGAUAGCACCAAAGAAACAACUAGCGGGGGGUGUAGGUGACAACAAGUUGCUAGAGGAAUUUGAGCAUUUUAAAUCAGGAAAGAAUGGUACGAAUAUGGUAGGUGUUAAGAAACCUAAAAAAAUGUCUUUACGCCCUUUGCUGUUGUUUUUAGCAGCUGUCUUUGGAUUCCCUUGGUUGUUAAAUAAGUUUAUUACUAAGCUGCAGGAAAUGCAAAAUGUGAGGCGUAUUGCCGGUGGUCCUGCACAACACCAACUUCAAGGAAUUGAUCUCAACAAUUUGGAGUUUGCAAGAGCUGUUUAUGAUUUUACUCCUGAAAAUCCACGCAUAGAAUGUUCGCUGAAGAAGGGUGAUUUAAUGGCUAUUAUUUCCAAGUUGGAUCCUACUGGGAACGAAUCACAAUGGUGGAAAGUUAGAACGAAGAAAGGCGAAGUUGGCUAUAUUCCAAGCAAUUACAUCGAGCUUAUUAGAAGACAAAGAGAGAUCGAGCCAAUACCCGAUGCUAUUUCUCCGGUAUCUCCAACCUUACCUACUGCAUGA